AAGAUUACAUGAUUUUAUUCGUUAAUUCUGUUCACAUCGAAGCAUUGGUCAACUCGCUUCUCCAACAAAAUGGGUGCUCAAUAUAUGUAUAUUUCAGUGUUCAUAGCGGAGUUGAUCUUUCUGAUUGCCAGCACUUCUGCGACAUGGUCCUCACCAAUGCUCGUGAAACUGAAUGGAACAGAUGAUAACCCCUUGGGUUACGUGAUAUCAAAAACGGAAAACAGCCUUCUGGCUUCACUUAACAUAAUCGGGUCAUUGAUUGGUUCCAUUAUUUUUGGAAUGUUAGGCCAAAAGUUUGGAAGGAAAUCGCUCCUGACAUUUCUUGGGCUUCCCUUACUGGUUUUUUGCUUGGUGAUGGCAUGGUGUAAAGUCUAUUGGUUACUCUUGUCCUGCAGAUUCAUUAUAGGAAUUGCUUGUGGAGGUGUUUUCACAAUACUACCAAUGUACUGUGGAGAAAUUGCAGACGCGAACAAUCGUGGAAUUCUUGGUGCAUCUUUGACAGUUUUUAUGAACGUCGGUAUGUUGAUUCCCUAUUGUCUGGGUCCCUUCAUUCCAUAUUUCUGGUUCCACAUCAUCCUAGCUGUUCUUCCCGCCAUUUACAUGGUUUUAUUUUACGUUUUUGCCCCUGAAAGUCCCUAUCACCUCAUCAAGACAGACGAAGAUGCUGCACGGAAAGUAUUGCUGAAGAUUCGAAGUAAAGAGAAAGUCCCACAAAUUAUAGAAGAAAUGAAACUGAGUAUGAAACAAACAACAGACGUUUCCAUCAUGGACAUACUCAGGAGUAGGGGUUUGCGAAAAGCAUUCAUUAUGGGGCUUGGUGGAUUCACAUUCCAGCAGCUAACAGGGACCAUCAUAGUUGCUACUUACACCCAGACAAUCUUUGAGGAAGCUGGAAGUGGUAUUUCAUCAGAUCUCUGUCCAAUCAUCGUUGCUAUCGCCCAAUUGAUAAUGACAAUUUUUGUUUCCGCAAUAUCGGAUAGGUACCCUAGGAAAUUUCUACUGUCACUUUCCCAUUUUCUGGUCGCCUUGGUGCAAAUACCAUUUGGGGCAUAUUUCUUCUUGAAGAAACACGAUUACGACGUUGAAAGCGUAAGUUGGUUACCACUGGUAUGCUUAAUCAUUUACGUUUGCGUGUAUAACAUCGGAGUAGGUCCCGUUCUUGUAACUUUUCUUGGAGAAUUAUUCCCUCCCAGAGUAAAAGGAGUAGCAAUCUCGUGUAUGUUGAGCGUCAACUGGAUCGGUUCAUUCUUCCUAACCUCCUACUUUAACACCAUGAAUGACGCUCUUGGUAUCGGAGUUCUUUUCUGGCUGUUUUCAUUGUGUAGUUUCUUAGCAGUGAUUUUCAUUAAGUUCUUCAUGAUCGAAACGAAAGGAAAAACUUUGGAAGAAAUCCAAAAAGAACUGAAUGACUAAGUAGUAUAGACUUUGAAAUUGGUUCUAUGAACUUUUGAUUUAAUUUAAUAAUUUCGAAAUAAGUGUAGAUUGACGAAAAAAUAAUGUCGUGAAUGAGAAAUUGUUGCAAAUAUGUGAAGAUUUCAAUAGAUCUGAAAAAUGUUAUUGUCCAACUGAUGUUCUACAAAUGAAUAACUAUUCCUGCUGAAAAUUAAUUAUAAAAUUAUUCACAGAUUUCCUUUUUCAAUGUACAAUCUGGUAAUUAUCAACUUCGAUCUUUGGCUAAGAUUUGGUACCAAACAAAACUAUUCCAAGACACACUCUGUGAUUUUUAUGUCUUAUUUUUUCUCAAGAUUCAAACUUCUAGAGGGGCUUCUGUUCCCCCUCUACUCCUUCUGACGACGCAAAUGGUAAUUAACAUUUCCAUAUGAUUUUAUGAACAAUUUAUAUUUACAAAUUGAUUAUUGUGCAUUGAAGGAUUUUAUUUCUUCAUAACAGUCGCUUUGCUGGCAGUUACAUAAUAAUAUGUAUCUUAUUCUUCAGAUGAUCAUAUAAAAUAGUUCUGAUUCACAAUUCCUAUUAUAAACUCUCUCAAUUGUUAAGCAUGGUUAAGAAAUAUUUUAUUAAAUUUUGUCGAAAGUUGA